UCUCUCUCUCUCUCUCUCUCUCUGUUUCUCUCUCUCUCUCUGUUUCUCUCUCUCUCUAGGGUCGCCAUGUUAAAACAGGACAGCUUGCUGCCAUCAAGGUCAUGGAUGUCACUGGGGAUGAGGAGGAAGAGAUUAAAGCUGAGAUCAACAUGCUGAAGAAGUACAGCCACCACCGGAACAUUGCCACGUACUACGGAGCUUUCAUCAAGAAGAAUCCGCCUGGCAUCGACGAUCAGCUCUGGCUGGUCAUGGAGUUUUGUGGAGCAGGCUCAGUCACAGACCUGAUCAAGAACACCAAGGGAAGCUCCCUGAAGGAGGAGUGGACUGCCUACAUCUGUAGAGAGAUACUCAGGGGUCUGACCCAUCUCCACCAGCACAAGGUCAUCCACAGGGACAUCAAGGGUCAGAAUGUGCUGCUGACGGAGAACGCUGAGGUCAAACUAGUUGACUUUGGUGUUAGCGCUCAGCUGGAUCGCACAGUAGGCCGCAGGAACACGUUCAUCGGGACGCCAUAUUGGAUGGCGCCGGAGGUCAUCGCUUGUGAUGAGAACCCAGAGGCCACUUACGACUUCAAGAGCGAUCUCUGGUCUCUCGGAAUCACAGCUAUAGAAAUGGCUGAAGGAGCUCCACCGCUCUGCGACAUGCACCCCAUGAGAGCCUUGUUUGAUUCACGUAACCCCGCCCCCAGGCUCAAGUCUAAGAAGUGGUCUAAGAAGUUCCAGUCGUUCAUCGAGAGCUGCCUGGUGAAGAGCCACGGCCAGCGGCCGAGCACAGAGCAGCUGCUGAAACACCCCUUCGUCAGAGACCUGCCCAACGAGAGGCAGGUCCGCAUCCAGCUCAAGGACCACAUCGACCGCACCAAGAAGAAGAGGGGGGAGAGAG